AUGCCGCCCCCUUCUUCGGCAAAGAAGCAAGCCUCUCUCACGAGCUUCUUCUCGCCCAAAUCCACACCCCCUACCGCGAGCCAGAACCAAUCCUCCGCCCCCAAACCAAAGCACCCGCCCACCUCCAGCCCGCUCCGACCCUCUGAGGCGCUUCCGGCCCGCAAGAGGCCCCUCGAAGAGGACCCGGACAAGGGCAAUAAUGGACCGAGCGCCGCAGCGAAACGGAAGCGCCCCGCCAAGGCGACCCCCGUGAACGAGGACAUACUCGAAGACCUCGAGAACAAGCCGCGAGCGACGCCGAGGACAGACUACUACCUCUUUGGAUCGAGCCAGGACGUCGACGUAGAUCCCGAUAUCGUGCGCGAGCGGCAGGAGCUGCACAAAACGCCUGCGGACGAAGACGGCGGCGAGGAAGAUGGGGAAGAGGACGAAGCGCCGCCCCCGCCGCCCAAGGGAAAGAAAACUGCCAAGGGCGGCAAGGCGAACAAGCUGACGCCCAUGGAGACCCAAUUCCUCGACAUCAAGAGAAAGCACAUGGACACCGUCCUCAUCAUGGAGGUUGGCUACAAGUUCCGCUUCCUCGGCGAGGACGCACGCAUUGCUUCCAAGGAGCUCAGCAUUGUCUGCAUACCAGGAAAACUCCGUUACGAUGAACACCCAUCAGAAGCCCACCUAGACCGCUUCGCCUCCGCCAGCAUCCCCGUCCACCGACUCCCCGUACACGCCAAGCGCCUCGUGGCCGCCGGCUACAAGGUUGGCGUCGUGCGGCAGAUCGAGACGGCGGCUCUGAAAAAGGCCGGCGACAACCGCAACGCCCCCUUUGUACGCAAGCUCACCAACGUCUACACCAUGGGCACGUACAUUGACGAGGUCGGCGAGCUCGACCAAUCGUCGGGCACCGGCAGCCCCUCGGGCGGCUACCUCCUCUGCAUUACCGAGACCCCGAGCAAAGGUGCCGGCACCGACGAAAAGGUCGACGUGGGCAUCAUCGCCGUGCAGCCCGCCACCGGCGACAUCAUCUACGACUCCUUUGAGGACGGCUUCAUGCGCAGCGAGAUCGAGACCAGGCUUCUGCACAUCUCCCCUGCGAGUUCCUCCUCCACCAACGUCUUUGGCGACCGGAGCCGUGUCGAGCGCGUGCCCCGCUCGAAAACCAUGGCCGCCGAGUCCCACUCCCACGUCACCCGCUUCUACGCCGACAAGCUCAAGCAGAGCAGCGGCGACGAGCGCGCCGGCGCCCUACUCGACAAGGUCCUCGGCCUCCCCGAGCACGUCAUCGUCUGCCUCUCCGCCAUGAUCACCCACCUGACCGAGUACGGCCUCGAGCACGUCUUCGACCUCACAAAGUACUUUCAGAGCUUCAGCACCCGCUCCCACAUGCUCGUCAGCGGCACCACCCUCGAGAGCCUCGAAGUCUACCGCAACGCCACCGACCACGCCGAGAAAGGCAGCCUCUUCUGGGCCCUCGACAAGACCCACACCCGCUUCGGCCACCGCCUCCUCAAGAAGUGGAACCAAUCCACCGCCAAGGUCGACAUGCUCGAGACCCUCCUCGCCCAAACCAAGACCGACCUCGAGCGCAGCCUCAUCCGCAUCUACUACGGCAAAUGCACCCGCCCCGAGCUCCUCUCCGUCCUCCAAACCCUCCAGCGUAUCGCCCUGCCCUUUGCCCAGGCCAAGACCCCCGCCGACACCGGCUUCGCCUCCCCCAUCAACCCCGAAGCCGCCCGCAAGGACGAUAAAAUCGAAUUCUUCCGCGAGGAGGAGCAGACCGAGGCCAUCCAGGACCACCUCAUCGGCAUCGCCUCGGUCGAGCAGGAGCUCGACGACCACCGCCAGGUCGCCACCCAGAAACUCGGCUGGAAGACCCCCGUCAAGUACGCCACCGUCGCCGGCAUCGAGUACCUCGUCGAGGUCGGCAACGGCGACGUCAAGCGCGUGCCCGCCUCGUGGAUCAAGAUCAGCGGCACCAAGAAGCUCUCCCGCUUCCACACCCCCGAAGUCGUCCGCCUCAUCGCCGAGCGUGACCGCCACAAAGAGGCCCUCGCUUCCGCCUGCGACGCCGCCUUCCGCGACCUCCUCGCCUCCAUCUCCGCCGACUACCAACCCCUCCGCGACGCCGUCUCCUCCCUCGCCACCCUCGACUGCCUCCUCUCCUCGCCAAGGUCGCCUCCCUCCCCGGCUAUUCCAAACCCACCUUCCUCCCCGACGACGCGCCCCCACCGUCGCCAUCCGCCAAGGCCGCCACCCCAUCGCCGAACACACCCUCCCCGACGGCUACAUCCCCUUCUCCUCCCACCUCUCCUCCCCCGCCCCCUCGCCUACCUCAUCACCGGCCCCAACAUGGGCGGCAAAUCCUCCUUUGUCCGCGCCGUCGCCCUCCUCGUCCUCCUCGCCCAAAUCGGCUCCUUUGUCCCCGCCGAGGCCCUCGAGCUCACCCUCUGCGACGCCAUCCACACCCGCAUGGGCGCCCGCGACAACCUCUUCGCCGGCGACCUCGUCGUCCUCGACGAGCUAGGCCGCGGCACCUCCACCCACGACGGCGCCGCCAUCGCCCACGCCGUCCUCGACCACGUCGCCCGCGAGACGCAGUGUCUCACCCUCUUCAUCACCCACUACCAGAACCUCUCCCGCGUCGCCGACGGCCUUGGCGGCGGCCUCGUCAAAAACGUCCACAUGCCCAACGGCGCCGACGACACCGAUGACUCGGCCGACCAAGAAAUCACCUUCCUGUACGAGGUCACAGAGGGCGUUGCCCACCGCUCUUAUGGCCUCAACGUCGCCCGUCUCGCUUCCAUCCCUAAACCCAUCAUCGACCUUGCCGCCCGCAAGUCACGCGAGAUGGAGACCGAUGUGUGUGCUCGCCGCCUUCGCGCUGCCUCGUCCCUUUUACAAACUCUGAUAGCGGCGGAUGCAACGAGCGAGUCUAGCCCGGACAUGUCCCAGCUAGUGGCGUGUAUUGAACAACUGUAA